CAGUAAAUGAUCAGUUGUUUAUUAUGCUUCGGAGGGGAGGCUGCUCUAUGUUUUCAUCUGCAAUGGCUGCAUGUUACAUGUUGCGUGGUACAGGAUGCUCUUCAACCGGUAUUUUAAAGCAGAAUGUCAUUGCGAAAUGUAAAUCUGUGAUUGGCAUUAGAAAUUUAUUUGUAUCUCCCCUUUCUUGCAAUGUGUUCAGUGAACCUGAUGGUCCAAAAGUUACCACACAAAAUGUUCCUGGUCCCAAAUCGCUGUCGCUGAAGAAAGAGCUUAGUAAUCUUCAAAAUACUGUUGCUGUUCAGCUUUUCAUUAAUUACAGCAAAUCUUAUGGCAACUAUAUAUGCGAUGCCGAUGACAAUAUAUUUUUGGAUGUAUAUAAUCAAAUAUCAUCCAUGCCUCUGGGUUAUAACCACCCUGCUCUAUUAGAUGCAAUGAAAAACCCGGCUAAUAUGGUAGCAUUUGUAAAUCGGCCUGCGUUAGGAGUUUUACCCCCUGCCGACUUUGUUGAUAAGCUGCAUGCCAGUAUUAUGUCAGUUGCCCCACCAGGUAUGAAAGAAAUUCAGACCAUGGCCUGUGGUUCUUGCUCUAAUGAGAAUGCUUUUAAAGCCGUAUGUUUUUGGUAUAAAUAUAAAGAACGUGGCGGAAACCCUCCUACAGAGCAGGAACUCCAAAGUUGUAUGAUAAAUAAAGAGCCUGGUUGUGCACCAUUAAGUAUUAUGUCAUUUAUGGGUGGUUUUCAUGGUCGUACAUUUGGAGCUCUUGCCACAACUCAUUCAAAACCAAUUCACAAAUUAGAUGUUCCUUCCUUUGACUGGCCUAUUGCUAAUUUUCCCAGGUAUAAAUAUCCACUUGAAGAAUUUGAGAAAGAAAACAAUUCUGAAGAUGCAAAAUCUCUUGCUCAUGUUGAAGAGUUAAUCGAAGAGUACAAGAAGAAAGGCACUCCUGUAGCUGGUUUGAUCGUGGAGCCUAUACAAGCAGAAGGAGGAGAUAAUCAUGCUUCUGAUAAUUUUUUUUGCAAGCUGAGGAAAAUCUGCUUAGAUAAAAAUGUUGCAUUCAUUUGUGAUGAAGUUCAGACUGGAUGUGGACCAACGGGUAAAUUCUGGGCACAUGAACAUUGGGGAUUAGAUGUUCCUCCUGAUAUGGUAACUUUUAGCAAAAAAAUGUUAACAGGUGGCUACUUUUACAGGGAAGAGUUUCGACCAAGAGAACCAUAUCGGGUUUUUAAUACUUGGUUAGGAGAUCCCUCUAAAAUGGUACUUUUGGAGCAAGUUAUUAAAGUAAUUAAAGAGCAGAAUCUCCUGAAAAAUAUGGAAGUCACUGGAGCUCAUUUAUUAAAAGGUAUAAAGGAAUUACAAGGGAAAUAUCAAAAUAAAAUUUUCAAUGCACGUGGCAGGGGCACUUUUGCAGCAUUAGAUUUUGUGGAUGCCGAAGCUAGGGAUAAAACUAUAAAAGCGUUACAUAAACAAGGCAUCCACUGUGGGGGCAGUGGUGUUAAAACCUUAAGAAUAAGAACUGCUUUAAUAUUUCAGCCCAAGCAUGCGGAUAUUUUUCUAGACCGUCUAAAUCAAGUAUUAGGAGAGGAAUUUUAAUUUCUUUUUAUUAAAAUUUAUGAAAUUAUAAAAAUAUAUAUUUCCUACAAGAAAGAGGCCAUAUAGUAAAUUAUAAACAUUUAUGCCAAUGAAAAAUUGUUUUACUUAUUAUAAGAGAUUUAUUUUAUAAAUUUUUAAUAAAAUUCUCUGUAGCAGAAUUUUGAAAGUUAGGGUUAUUAUAAUUGUAUAUAGCAACUUUACCAAAUUAUUAGCUCAUAUGGGAUAUUAUAUAUUUUUACAUUUUAUAGUUGUAUUAUUUCUCUAUUUGUAUUGGUAACAAAUUGCUGUGUAAACCAGAUUAUACUCAAAAUUGUUAUUUGUAUGUACGAACUGAAUUCAAUCAUGAUCAUGUAAUCCCAAAGGAAAAAAUAUAAAUGAGAAAAUAGCACUGUAUAAACAUUUCAAAUCAUGAUGAAUCAUUAAGUGCACUAAAUUGCCAUGAAAGAACUGUGGACUUUCUUAUUGAAGCUUUUUUGGAUUACCUAAUAAUCAGCUUUGUAACAUUUUUAUUAUUUUUUGUUCUCAUAUAUGCAUCUACUUAUAUAUUAUAGCUAUUAUAGUUUUUGUAAUGAAUUAACUAAAAAAUUUUCUCCCUAAUUUUUAGUUCAGAUUACUUGUUGAUAUUAAGAUAAAAUUAAUUUAUAAAUAUGCUAGCAUUUUGAUAUGAUGUUAAUACUUUGUUAAAAAUGACAAUAAAGAUAACCUUUUUUUUUAAUUUAAGAUUGUAAGUCUAAAUAAUUAUGUGAAUAAAAUAAUGUUUUCAUACAAUUCAAAUGGUAAUUCCAAUUAGCAUCACUGAGCAAAUAAAAUAAUGUAUAUAUAAUAAGCUGAAUAUUUGUUAAAUACAUAUAUUUUAAUUGAUUUUUCAAUGUUAAUGAUAUAUGAUUGUUUUAAAUUUGGCCAAAAUUUUGUUUAUAUUUUUAAGAAUAUAGGUAAAGCUGUAUAUUAGGAAAUGUAAAUUAUACCAAGUUUCACUUUUACUAUUUACUUUGUAUACUUUUAUAUUGAACUUUUAUGCCAUAUAUAAGGCAAAGUUUGAUGGCAAAUGCUAUCAGAAAAUUCUGAUCAAUUUAAGAGUAAACAAGGGAUUAAUCACUGAGAAACAGAAUAACCUGAUUAUCUGUUGACUAAUGGAAUGAUUAUAUUUUUGACUUCUGGAAUUCAUUUAAGACUAUUUAAUAGUCAUACUUACUUGGGAUUCAUUUAUCUUCAGUGUACAGUUUAGAAAUAAAAGAUGAAAACUAAGCUAUGCA